UUCUUUACAUUUUUGACAAAAUUAAUAUGCCAAUUUAAUCUUUGGGUAACCAUUUUUUUUAUAGAUUGGAUAUUAUUGAAAAGAAGAAACUUACCUUUUUAAACAUUAAACCAUAAUAGAAAUUAUUAUUAAAAAAUAAUGAAUGAAACAUUUACUUUAUAUAAUCAAAAUUCUGAAUAUAAUCAUGAAUCAAUUCUAAAUCAAAUUAUUUGCACUGAAAAUAAAAAUGGAUUCUAUUCAACGGAAACAACAAUGACUAAUUCAUUAAAUCCUCUAAAUAAUGAUCUACAAAAUACUGUAUUAUUCAAAUCAUGUACAAUAAAAUCUAAUAUAAAAGAUGUUGAUCAUGAUAAUAAAGAUAUUUCAUUAAAUCAUUUUAAUAAUGAUUAUCCAUUAGCUCAUUCCUCUCCAAAUUCAUUUAUAAAUGCUCCACAAUGUGCUGGAUGCAAACAAUUGGUAAUGGAUCGAACUAUUCUACAAGUUCUUAAUCAGAGUUGGCAUGUAAACUGUUUGAAAUGUAUGGAUUGUGGUACUUCAUUAUCAGAGAAAUGUUUUGUACGAACAGAUGAACUGUACUGUAAAGAAGACUUCUUUCGUCGCUUUGGAACAAAAUGUGCAGGUUGUGAUAAAGGUAUUCCACCAAUGGAAGUUGUUCGGACAGCUCAAGAAAAUGUAUAUCACUUAGAUUGUUUUUCAUGUGUCAGCUGUGCUCGUAUGUUAAAUACAGGCGAUGAAUUCUAUCUAUUACGUGAUCGGAAACUAAUGUGCAAGUCAGAUUUUGAAACUGCUAAAGCUCGAGAAGCAGAAUUAGACAAUGCUAAUAAACGUCCUAGAACAACUAUUUCAGCUAAACAACUGGAAGCACUUAAAAGAGUUUAUGGUGAAAGUCCAAAACCGGUACGUCAUAUCAGAGAACAACUUAGUGAAGAGACUGGUUUAGAUAUGCGUGUAGUACAAGUAUGGUUUCAAAAUCGUAGGGCAAAAGAGAAAAGAUUAAAAAAAGAUGCUGGAAGGAAUAUCUGGUCAAUUUCUGACUCUUUAUUAAUCAGUAGUGCAAAUACAAGUACUAAUAGUAAUACACCUGUUUGUAUGAAUGAACCAUACUUAUUUUCAACAUGUUCAAAUGAUUUAGAUAAAAGUUCUGCACCAUACUGCGGUGAUAAUUCAAUUAUAUUAGAUGAUUCAACUAGUGGAGAUGAAUAUUUAUCUAAGGAUGAAUUCCAGGGUUCUGGUUCAAGUGAUACAGACAGCAACUAUUCAGAGGAACCUGAAGAUUUGAAUCAGUCUUUAAAUUUUUCCGUUGUAUGCGAUUCUACACAUUCGAAGCAUACUACAGAUAUACCAACCACUGAAAAGUUAUCAUUAAAUAAAGAUGAAUUCCUAACUCAUGACAAUAAAUCUGCAAUUUUUCAGGCAUUUUCAAAGUCUACCUUAUACGAGAACCAUUCAGUUCACGAUUUAGUUUCAACAAAAUCAGAACAAGUACAUGAUGUAAAGUUCCAUGGUUCUACUCAAACAUGGUUAUCCACUCUACGGCCUCUUCAAAAUCAAGGCUUUUCAAUUGACAAUCAGUCGUUCAAACCAGAUAAUGAUAAUAUUAUCUUAAAACACAGUAUAGAAAAUAUCAGUAUUUUAAAUGAAUCAGACAAUAAAAAUCAUAACAUUUUACGUUUUGAAUCAAAUCCAUUUGUUUCAAGUUGCAUUGGCUUGAAUAGGCAAGUUGUAUCUAACAGUGAAUUGUCAACAAAAGAAACAUAUUUACAGCCUGUUGACUUCUAUCCUUAUUGUCUAAAUGCAAGCAGUCUUUCACAAUAUGGUAUUCCACAAUCAAAUUCAUCAUAAAUAAUCCUGCUUAAAAAUUAACCAAAUAAUAAUGGUAUACCAUCACACAAAAUGAUGUGAUUCAUACGAUCCUUUUGUAGCUAUCAGAAUAUAUUACGGCAAACAUUUUGCUUAUCAUUUACAAAACUAAUAACAGAUUAUGG